AACUCGUGUCGUAGCGGUACGACGUUCGGUCGGGUAUCUCCGCAUCGCGAGCCACACGCUCGGCCGGUGUCGGCUCGCAUACGCGCUCAGUCGUGCACUGGCCUCGCUUGCGAAUGAAUGUUGAGCGAGAGCUAUUCGAUACGUACAACACGAAAUACGUUCACAGUGUUUUCUUCUUCUUUCAUGCAUACGUAUGUGUGUAAGUGUGUGUAUACAACCGGCAAGAGAUAUACAUAUACAUUUAUAUACGUGUAUUGUAUAUAAUACACGCAACUUUCCUUCCUAUUUCGUCCGUCAAUCGUCUCACGUAGAAAGAGUUAAUGUGUCGUAUACGAAUAUACCAAGUGCAAUCAGUAGUGAUCUAUCGAAACGUUAUGUUAUGACUGAUAUCUAUAUAUAUACAUAUACAUAUAUACUAAUAGUGUAGUGACAGCAGUGACGAAGGGACGCCAAAUCUAACGUGCUCCGAUUAACUUCGUUCCGUUAGUCAGCCGAGUGUGUGGUAAAGUUGAGAGUGCCUGCGAGAGUAGGAAGGAAGAACAAAGAAGCGAGUCCUUUGCCAGUCGGUGGAAGUGAGUGAGGUUUGCGAAGACUGUCUCCUCUUGAAGUCUCUCUUCUCUGUCUCUUCACUCUUUUCUUUGUGGAUCUCAGUGUUCUCUUCAGCUCUUUCUCUCGCUUUCUUCAUCUCUACCAUCGACAUCGUGUGAACAGCAACGACAAGUUGGUUUCGUCUCGAGACGCUAAAAUGAGAUUGGAAGAAGAUCUUGUGAUUCGUAGGAGCAGACCAACGAUGAUUUCUGCAAAAUACCGCGCGAGAGAAGAACGUCGUCGUCUGCUAAAGAUUUCAGCCGGCAAGUUGAGGAGAAUCGAAGACCCGGAGGCUAGUCUAUGCAGAUCAGUUCUUAUAAAUAAUGCUGUCAGGCGACUGCAACGUGAGAACCGAGACGAAAAGACAAGAAAUUACGGACUUCCGGUUGUCACAUAUCUAAAUGACUCGACCAAAGAAAAUAAUGUUUCUAGCAAUCUUAUUGUCGGAAUAACGGACGACGAAACGUCUUCAAGAAAAAGAUUAAGCGAUGAUACGAGGAAUGAUGGAAUCAGUCCUAAACGUCAAAGGCAUGACGAUCUCGAUCUACAGGAUGAUGUAUUUAGUGACUUCUAUAUUCUGCCUCCCACUCCUCGAUUACUCUCUCACAUCGACGAAAUUCAGGAACCUGAAUCCCCUCAUCACCAUCACUUGGUGUAUCCCGAGGAUCGCUUAGGUUCCGUGGACGUCCGAUCAACAACGACGAUCAUUAGCACCAGUACCGCGAACACAACCACGAGCAACAGUACAAGCACGUCCACAAAUAGUUGCUGUAAUUCUAUCAUGUUUUCUACCGAGCUAGAUGGCGCCAGCAGUCAAUUAACCAGCGUUAUUAGAUCCAGUGACGUAGGCAUGAUGGAGGCCUCGGAUGUAGUUGAUCCCGAUAGAAUCUGCGAUUUUGCGAGAUUCGCAGACUCUACAAAGACUUUAGAGGAACGUUUAGUGGAAUUACAAUCGCUGGAUGAACAUUUUGAUUUGGCAAAAUUUGAAAGGAAUAAUAAUCAAAGUUGCGGCAGGGCAUUCCACGACAUUCAGACUUUUCACAGUCUAGUACCUGGAUUGGAAACCUAGAAGGGAGCCUUGUGCCUGGAGCACCCUCCUCUCGUCACGUCUGGUUCGAUGAAGAAACAAAACCAUGACCAUAACGACAACGACGAUGCGGAUAAACAGCUUCGCGGCACAUAUGAGGAACCACGGCAAGGAUGAACCUGGACUUGGAAGAUGGACACUUUGUCUGGAAUACAGCGCGUCCUAUGUCACUUUGGCUUGGAAUGGAAUAUAAGCAUCGUCGACUCGAUUGGACGACUUGUUAAAAGGAUCUAUUUAGUAUAUGAAGAGAUACAAAGAGCUUUCAAUACGUGAUCCAUUAACUUAUGAUUUAUUUUCGUGAUUGAAAUUUUUUGGUCGUUCAACCGUUUCAACGAAUUCUUGAUUCAGAACAGAAUGAAGGGAGGAGGACGAGGAUAAAUAAGAUUUUUUUAAAAUUAUAUAUAUGCGUUUUUCAACAAUGCAGAAAUCGAUGAAUGGGUUAUUUGACUGGAUUUACAGAGUAUUUUCCAUGUGUACGUAACUAAUAGAUUGGUAUCACAAAACCGUGUUCAUAUGAAUAUCGAUACCAAAAUGUUCUGAUACGCAUUACGUAUAUAUAAUUUGUAUAUACUCGAAUAUGUUUUUAAAAAGCACAUUAAGGAUUAUAAUAUAAGAGAAUUUGUAGUAAACAUUUUUGGGGAAAAACAAAAAAACAUUGCCAAACAAUGAAAAGAUGCUAAAAAUGAGACGCAUAUGUCUUUUGUAUAUAAAAA